AUGGCGGCAGAACAGGCCGUAGCAGCGGCUGCGAGGAAGACCCCGCCGCAGCAGGCCGACCAACCAGGGGGCAUGACGAGCAAGCUGAUGACAGCGGAGUUAACCCUGGCCGAUACGGAGGCGUGCCUGGUGGAGGUCCAGGGAGAGUUGUUGUCGGAGCGCGAGAACAACGACAGGCUAAAGGAGAAGGCUAAAGCUCUCGAGGAGGCCUUGAAAACGUGCAAGAAGGGGCGAGAAGAAGCUGUACAGCAGGUGUCGAAACAAGGGGAGGUCAAGAUCACCGCGCUCAAGGCACGCCUACGUCUAGCGGAGCACGCCCGAGCAAAGGAUGAGAAACGGUGGUCGAGCAGGGUGGCAGGUCUAGAGAGCGAGCGGGAACAAGCCAGCUGUCUUGCCGAGGGGCUCGAGAAGAUCUUGGUGAAGGAAAAAUCCGCCGCGUCUCGAAAAGAGGCGAGGCUUAGGACUCUGUUCAGGAGGCUUGAUUUUCUGGACUCGGCGGAGCAAGGCACAGUUGACGACGACCCCAACUCGUAUGCUUACAGUCCCCCAGAGUAG